AUGUCGGUCUACCGGAAGUAUGUCGGAGGCGGAGCCCGCCAUGGCUGGAGCACGAUCUACGAGGUCGUUGCUUAUGCUUGGCGAGAUAAGAUAUACAUCGUAUCUACAAGUUUCUUGACUGGUCUAUGGGCGGAGAAGAGACAUGACAGAUAUCCUAGGAAUUCUCGUGCUGAGCCCUCUCAGGAUAGAGGUCAAGAUAGAAAUCCUAAGGGUAAGAGUUCUCAAAGAAGCGAUGUGUGUUUUGAGUGUAAGGGUGUGGGACAUAGAGCUGUUGACUGUGCAAAUAGGAGGGUUCGCCCUCAAAAGGCUCUUGCUGUCACUUACAGUGAUAGUGAAGAGAAUCCCUUGUCUGAUCAAGAGGAGGAUACUGUAGCUUUCACAGCUCGGGUUGUCCCCGUUUCCUCUUUAGAUCAUGUUGAAGAACUAGUUGCCUUCAUUGCCACGGUGUCUCAAAACGAGACUCCGGAGGAUGAAGACGAUGAUGAUAGAAUGCAAAAGUUCACUGAACUUGUCAACGCAUCAAAGUCCAUGUUGUCUAAGAUAGAUAUUCUGACCAAAGAUCUUGCGAAGUGUGAAAAAGAGAAAGUAGGGAUACAAGCUGAAUUGCUAUCCCAACAAGAAGUAUGGAGAGCCGAAAAGCUGAGUCUAGAAAAAUCUCUUAGUGGUCUUAAGGCUGAGAAGCUAGCGCUUGAAGUUUCUCUCAAAGAAUCUCAGCAACAGUUCUCUAGGUUCUCAAUAGGAUCUGAAAAAUUGACCAAGAUAUGUGGAAUGGGUAGACUAGAUAAGAACAAACAUGGUCUAGGGUUUGAAACUGGCGAGAACUCUAAAAACGGUGGAACUGUGUUUGUCAAAAGCAAAGCUCUUGAUGUUAAAGUAGUGACCAACAAGGAGUUUGCCAGGUUAGCUAAGGGUCUGUCUGUUCCCGCAGCUAGAAAACCAAACAAAAACCUAGCUUGGGUUAAGAAGAAGGAUUCUAGACCUUAUGCCCUCAAGCCUCCACACACGGAUUCGAAGCCUGUUGAUGAGUGUGACAGUGACCCUGAGGAGGAAAACAUUGUGUGUUUCUUGUCUCGUGUCUGGACUAGCCUAGAGUCUGUUGAGGAGUCUAGAACAGUAGCAGUGUGUCGCGUAGCUCUUACAGCUCUUGCAGCGCGUUGUGCUGAUUCUUGGUAUAUAGACAGUGGUGCUUCAAGGCACAUGACCGGAGAUCCUAAGUGGUUUUUGUCCAUGGAUGACGUUCAUCCAGAAGGGAAUGUUGGUUUUGGGGAUGGAGCUCGGGCUCCGAUAGUGGGAAGCGGGACAGUAAAUGCCCCUAGUCUCCCGUGUCUGAAAAAUGUUCUUUUGGUCAAGGGUUUAGAAGUGAGUUUGCUAAGUGUAAGUCAGAUUGUUGAUGAACAUGACUCAGUCACCUUUGACAAGCAGAGAUGUGUUGUCUUAGAUGGUAAUGGGAAGAGCAUAAUGAGAGGAAAGAGAACUAGGGAUCAAUGCUAUUGUGUUGUAGCAAAAGAGAAGUUCUCACCCCAAAUAUGUUUUAGAUCUAUGAUCUGUGAGGAACCCUUAGAUCUUUGGCACAUACGAAUGUGUCACUUGAACCAUCAGGAUAUAGUGAAGCUGUCCUCAAAAGAAGCUGUUAGAGGGAUACCAAAGCUUGCAGGUAUCCCCCAAGGUAUGUGUGGUGAAUGUAGAGUUGGUAAGAUGACUCGAACCUCUCAUCCUCUAUUAAAUGCUGAUCCUACUACUCAUGUUCUUGAACUGCUGCAUCUAGACUUAGUAGGACCAGUUGAAACUAAAAGUAUUGGAGGAAGAAAGUAUGCUCUUGUAAUUGUUGAUGAUUUCUCUAGAUUCACUUGGGUGAAAUUUUUGUCUAACAAAGGUGAAACUUUUGAAAAUUAUUACAGUGUUGCUAAGAGAGUCACAAAUGAGAAAUUGAAUGAUGACAUGCAUAUUGUUAGGAUCAGAUCAGAUCAUGGUACUGAAUUCGAAAACUCUUAUUUUGAAAAUUAUUGUGAAGAGUUUGGUGUGCAUCAUGAAUUCUCUGCCCCUAUUACUCUACAACAUAAUGGCAUUGUAGAAAGAAAGAACAUGGUUCUUGUGGAAUUAUCCAAGGUUAUGCUAGCUGCAUCUGGCCUUAAUCAUUCGUUUUGGGAAGAAGUAGUAAAUAAUGCCUGUUACACUUUAAACCGUGUAAUUCUUAGACCUGGAACAACCAUGACUCCCUAUGAGAUCUGGAGAGGUAGGAAACCAAAUAUCGCUCAUCUCAAAGUGUUUGGAAGUCCCUGCUUUAUCUAUAGGGACAGAGAGUAUUUGACAAAGUUUGAUGCUAAAAGUGACAAGGGUGUGUUCCUUGGCUAUGCUGGAAAUAGUCGAGCCUAUCGGGUGUAUAACAAGAGAACCUGCAAAAUUAUGGAAUCAGUAAAUGUGGCUGUUAAUGAUGCUCUUGUUUGCAAGAAUGAUGGGUGUGUUUUGUCUGAGCAGGAAGCCGAACCUACCUCAUCUGAAACCAAGUCUGAUUAA